AUGAAAAAGAAAUAUUUGAUAGCUUUAGACGGAUCUGAGAAUGCGGAAUACGCUUUAUCUUGGUCGCUUGAAAAUUUGAUUAAUCCAAGUGAGGAUGAAUUGCUGAUUUUGAGUGUCGGCAUGUUGACCGAUGGAAAUCCUUAUGAAUAUACAGCAGCUACAAGACAUAUAUUAAAUGGAGAUGAACUGAAAUUGCAAAGACAACAAGCAGAAGAACAAGCAAGAAAAUAUGUUAACAAAGGAAAAAAAAUAGUUUCUGAUUUUCUUUAUAACAAAGAAUUUAAUCAGUUUUUAUGUGAAUAUUAUGUCAAUUCAAGUUCCGAUCCAGCGAACUAUAUAGUUGAUUUUGUCAGAGAAAACAAAGUAGAUGUACUCGUACUGGGUCGCCGAGGAGUAGACCAACCAGAAGCAGUGAGUGUGGGAAGCGUCUCCAAGUAUUGUCUUCAUUCAGUGAUGUGUACUGUGGUAAUUGUCCGAAGAAAGACGGAAAUUCAUAAAGAUAACAUUGCACCAUAA